AUUAAGUUAUCUGUUUCCAAACUGUAUGAGUAUUGUUGUGGCCCACAUCUUUAAUUGCACUUUUUUAUUACAGAGUUUAUCAACACCCACAGUAAAACAACAAARAGAGACAGCUUCAAAACAGAAAUGAAUGUCUGGAAAGCUUCUAACACCUUUAACAGCAGUAAUGGAACAGAUCUAGCUGUUGGCUUUACAUCUUCUGUGGUAGCUGUCCUUUUAUUUGGGACAAACUUCGUGCCUGUUAAGAAAUUUGAUACUGGUGAUGGAAUGUUUUUCCAAUGGAUUCUAUGUGCGUCUAUAUGGAUGGUUUCUUUGGUGGUCAACCUCAUCCAGAACUGCCCCCGAUUUUGGCCCCUGGCUAUGCUUGGGGGUUUUGUGUGGGCUACAGGCAAUGUUACCGUUGUCCCUAUUGUUAAAACUAUUGGCUUGGCUCUUGGUCUUUUGAUAUGGGCUUCCUUUAAUUUGUUAACCGGCUGGGCAAGUUCAAGGUUUGGUUGGUUUGGAAUUGACCCAGAAGAAGUAUCAAGACCCAUUUUAAAUUAUAUCGGAGCUGGACUUUCGUUGUUGAGUGCUAUCAUAUUUUUUUUUGUAAAAACUGAAGUGCAGAGUUCUUCGGUUUCAUUAGAAAGAACUCCAUUACUGAGAGAAAGUUCUAUUAAUGUUUCUGAAAAUAAUUCUGAUGACUCGUGGGUGAACAGACUGUCUCCAACAAGAAAGAGAGUCAUAGGUUGUAGCCUGGCUGUCGUUUCUGGAAUACUCUAUGGUUCCAGUUUUGUACCUGUACUUUACAUUAAGGACCAUGGAAGAAGAAAUGGCACUAUAUAUACAGGAGCAAGUCAAUUUGAUUUAGAUUAUGUUUUUGCACACUUCAGUGGCAUUUUUCUUACAAGUACCAUAUACUUCUUGACCUACUGUGCAGUCAGAAAAAAUAAACCUCACGUUUAUCCCCAGGCCAUACUGCCAGGGUUUGUUUCUGGUGUGCUUUGGGCAAUAGCCAAUUGCUGCUGGUUCAUGGCCAAUCACUACCUCAGUGCUGUAGUCAGCUUUCCAAUAAUUACCGCAGGUCCUGGCCUUGUUGCUGCAAUGUGGGGAGUCCUUGUAUUCAAAGAAAUCAAGGGACUGAAAAACUACCUGUUGCUCACAGUAGCAUUUUGCAUCAUUCUGGCUGGAUCCCUCUCUACAGCUUUUUCUAAAGUUUGAAAGCGUCAUUUAGACCGGUAGAUGGUGCUACUUUCAAAUAAAAUCACUGGUAAAGAAGCUUACAUCUUAGGACGUUUUGUAGGACAUUUCUGUUUCUGCUCCUGAAACCAUCCUAAAGACAAUAUUGGUAUACUGCAAUAAAUUACAUUUCUCGAAAGGUAAAUUCUUUACCUUACCCUAACUUACCCUAACGUGUGACAGGCAAACAGAGAGAAAACAAUUGCUACAUGUUUCCAUUUGGCAUGAAAAAAACUCUUGAAAUACAUGUUUCUGCAUUGCUUGGAACAGUGGGCUUAUCAAGAGAUUAUGUUAAAUGAAGCUAACUGACUUUACAAUAACUUAUUUUACAAUAACUGAUUUUCUGGUGAUCAGGUAUUAAACUCACUUCCUCAUAAACUGCAAUUCAUUGGCUAUAGUGGCAGAUAAAGGGAUUUUAUUUCUUAAUUUGUAAUGCUUUUGAUGUUUGCAAGAUUUCUUACACCAUUCUGUCUUACUUUACUAUAAAAUGUAUAUUGCAAAAUAUUCUUUUCGGUAUUGAUACACAAAAAGAUGUGAAGUAUUUUUUAAAACUUUUUAUAAGUUUUUUUUAAUUACUGAUUUACAUAAAAGCAUUAUCUUCUAACCAUUUCCAAUCACAGAAAAUUUUAAAGGAAAUACAGGAAGAAUGCUGCUCUAAAGUAAAUAUCUAAUGAUUGCUGAUAAUCUCUUCUGUUUAGCUACCAGAACAUUAUGUAGAAAUCAGGGCCAUGAUAUAAAUAGUUGGAUAUUAUUUUCUAAAAUUUCUGUUCUGUGGUACUUUAGAAAUAAACAUUGCU